AUGCGACUCCCUAUUUUCCUGGCCACGCUGCUGCUGGUUCUUAUUCUGUCAACACCCACGAAUUCGAAAUGGUUUUCAAAAGUGGCCAAUAAAUUUGUGGGCAAGGGCGUCGGAAAGGCAGGAAAGGCUGCCGGAAAGGCGGGGCUGGCAGUGAUCACUGCGAUGAUCGUUGAGUCCAGCGCCAGUGCCCUUAUUGAGGAGGCAAAUCAUAUAGAUACUCCUCGUGAGCCAACAGAGGAGUCUACUGCGGUGCUGUGGCUGGCGAAAGUCGGAGCUGGCAUAGAUAGCAUGGAGCAGAGGAACAUGAAAAUGCAUCGCCACUUUGCGGACUACACCACGGACUCGAUUACAGAAAAUAUGGAACACAACAUUCCCAUAAUGGCAAAGAUGAAGGAUAUUCAUGAUAAUAUGAAUGACAUUUCUUUGCGCUACAAAUGGAUGCAGAUUUAUGGAGAGUUGCAGCUGUUUGAAAAUUUCACCUUGAUCAGAUUCGCCGAGGAUAGUCUUUCAGCGAUUCAUCAGAUUGACAGGUUGCAUGCAGCCCUCCUUGGAAGGGAGGACAGAGCACAUGCGACGCCCAACAAUCUGCUGUUCCAACUGCUAAGCAAACUAAAGGGCUUCCCUUAUCACAUCUGCAAGUCGCAACAGUCAGUCCAGCAGUUUUUUUACCUGCUAUUCCAGGACAUUGCUCUCACUGAACUGAAGGCCCAGGCCAUGAUUGAGUUCUCCUGGCUGUUGCUCAAGCAGUUCGAAAGGGGGGAGUUCACCGAGGAGAAGAGAGUGAUACGGGAGGGCCUCAAGCGGAGGACAAGCCGCACUCUAAAGCUGUUCAAGGACGUGAUUAGCAGAGCAGAUCGCAGAGUUUGGCGCUGUGAUCCGACUUACCACACACCGGGGGUCACCUACGAGGAGGUCACCCGUCUCCUGCAGGGCUACAUAGAGAAUGAGGUGGAUCUGAACGCAGAUGGGAGAUGUCGAUAUGACUGCGCCCGCUACAAUUAUGCCUCCAACCACGGAUGCUACGAUAAUGAGUUCUGCUCCAAGCAGCCAAAGUGUUCUGGUCGUAUACUUAACUGCCAGUACGUGGAGUACAAGAUGCAGGUGUGCCAGGCGCCACAGGACUCCACCAGGCGAUACGUGUUCGUCCAUUACGACAGCGGAUUCAGGUUGGGCCCAGGUGGCCAGUGCGCCAGGCACACAGACGAAGCAAAUGGCUGGCGCCGUUGGAUUUUCUGGAAGUGCACAUAUUGCAUGUGCCUGUGCGAUGAGCAGGGCCCCAAGUCGGAUCGCUUCUUCAACCUGCGCCCCGUGACAGCCGAUGUGGAGCACAACAGAGUUGUGACUGGCCUUCGCUUCGUGAAGCACAAUCGAAUCCUGCACCUGCAGAUCCAGGAGGGCGAGCUCCUGUCCAAGGGAGUCAUCAACCAGACCACUCUCCACUGGAAGCCCUUGGAGGAGUACAAAAUUACUGAUAGAAAUGUGCGACAAGGAAUAGAUUACCACAUGCUGACCUACGAGAGAAGAUCCAUCGAUCUGGAUGAGUUGGAACCAAGGGAAACCAAUUCGCUUAUAACCGGACUGCGGUUCCGAAACAUUGAAGGUCAUCUGCAUCUCGAGGCUCAGUACAGCGCAUUCGAGUUCCAGAGUGGAAAGCUUAUAGAGCCGACUAAAAAAAGUUAUUGGAACUUAGGGCCUGGUGUUCAAGGAAGGGAAAAAUUGCCCCUAAGAGACACCAAUAUGCCCACACGAACCACCGCCUCCUCGACUGUGCUAUCAAGCAGCAACCAGUACAUUGAUUUUAGCCACACGGGUUUCGAGAAGGAUGUGGCCCAGACCACGGUGCCUUUUAUUGACAUCCAAGACGUGGUCUCUAAUCCACCGGUGCCGCUGUCCGGCAUUGGCAUCUACUACAAGGGUCGCCCAGGUUAUGGGGGCUUUCUUGGACCCAAGAUUAUCAACUUGGACUUUGGUCCGUACCUAGAGGUAACGAAGAGUAAGUUCGAGAACCAAACACUAUACAUUUUACUUUAUCAAUUUUACUUAUAA